UCAGUAUGGGACAUUAAUGUUGAAUCUACGGUUUGGCGGGUUUGACUUGAUUUUCUGCUAACUUAUUGGGUGGUCAAUGGUAUAGCAAGUUAGAAUGUUGUGAGAUUUGUUCUUGUGUGGCACAGGAGCACUUUGCGGGAUCCAUGUCCUAAAUGGGAUCCCAGUUGGAGUCCGGAGAGCCAGAAGUAGACACAGAUUGACUAACGAGGGAAUCACGCUGCGAAUGCUUUACAGUUGCAACUUAGUUCCAUCGCACGUCGACAAUUCGUUCGGCCGUCCACCUGUGCUGAGUAUGGAACUAGACAGUGACUGACUUAAGUGAUUGGUUCUUAAAUUGGGGACUGUAUCAAUCAUCGCCGCUGGAGACCCACAGUCGAAACCAUCUCCAACCUGCCAAUUCAAAAGUCCUCUCUGAUUGGCUGAAACGACCGGUAGAAGCAAAACUCGUUUGGUUUUGUUUCGUUUGCAGUAAUGGUUAAAGUUGGACAUACUGACUAUUUAUGAGUUUCAGCUGUAAUUUGGCCAUAGUUGGUGAAGUGAUGUAUGUGAUUGACGUAUCGGCGCUGCGGUGUUCUGUUGCGUUUAUGCUACAAGCGAAGUGGUAAUUUGACGUGAUUCGAAUUGAUUUGAUGCGAUGGUGUUGCUGCGAGUUAUGCUCAAUUUGGCCAGGUAAUUUUUUGGAUAAUCGAUGAGUACCACACCGCUGUAAAUCAUUCAUCGCUAAUUAACAAUUGGCAUCUACAAGACAUCUAUCUGUUGUGUAGCUCAAAUAUCAAUAAGUGUACAACCGGACUGGCUUUAACAAUAUAGACCACUUGUGUCAGACUAAGAUUUGAAAAUAUUAAGUCGGUUGUAAAUUCGUCAACGUCGUCAACAAAAUAUCACCACUGGCGCUUCGAUGUUAGAAGACUAACACAAACAAAAGUCAAAUCAUCUCACAAAAAGACGCACACAUUUCAUUUAAGAUUUUAUAUUCGAAUUGUUAGCUGAAGCGAACGUAAAAUUAUUAAUGGGCGGAGAAUUAAUAGGCGAAAAGUUAAACUAUUAAUCUACGCUUUGCUUUGGUUUGUUUGGUUCAUUAAAAAAAUUUGUGACAUUUCGAAAUAUUCAAUUCGGCAGUUUUGUAAUUUUGUCAACUUAUUUAUCAAAAUUUGUGCCGAUCCUGGCGUCAUUAUAAUUGGUGAAGAUUCACGUCAAUUAAAAUAUUAACAUAAUCGAGUGCUGAAAAUUGACAGUACCUGCUGGUAAAUUUGGUAAAUAGAUUAUUGUUUGCCGAGUGCUAGAACUACCAGCUUCUACGCUUCAUUUUAUAUCGUAAUCUAGACACGAGAAGUGCCUAAAUAUUAUAUCAAUUCAUUAGCGAAUGUUUCGCCUGUUUGUUGCACAAUUUUUAGUCUAAAGACGUUUGUUUUCCUUUCUGUAACUACUUGGCCCAUUAUUACUUCAUAGAUUGGAAAAUUAUUUUUCAAGAUUUUGAGUGAAAAUUGAGAUUAAGCGAGAGCUUGAGGAAAACAUACGCACGAGAUAAAACUUAAAAUAGUUGGUUGCUCCUCCUGUUCGCAUCUUUUCCUAAUUGAUACCAAAUUUUGCAUCUCAUCUUUAAACGUUACUUUUGUCUCAGUUCGCUUUGGCGAUAUACUAACGGUGGUAAAAUACGGACUGAAAACAAAAAGAGCAACAUAUUGUCUAAAAAUUGCACGCCAUUAUUCCAUUCCGUUUCAAAUCGAAUUUUGAAGGCUGGCUUUCAAGUUUCAAAAUUCACGCCCAAGUUAACUGAUUACUGGUUUACUUCUUCAUCUGCAGCAGCGUCGCUUCUUUUUAAAUCCAUCUCGGCAGCUCCUAGUUUAUACUGUGAUGUCAUCUUAAAACAUUAGUUGUGUGAGGAUCGCCGAAUUCGCUAGCGAGAUUCCUGCUGCUGCCUUCAGCUAUCAACCAACCGUCUUCAUCAAUACUAUUCCUAGUUCCCUUUCCAUCUUUCUUUCUUUUUACCUUUUCCUUUAUCCCGUAUCUGCCCUGCCUAGUCUUUGUAAUACAGCACAGCUUAGCACAGUGCUAUACCGAGCAAAAAAAUAUCCUUUUUUUGUCUACUGUGUUCGUUGCCUGUAAAAAUUAGUUGUGCGUUCAUUUCGUUGUAGUUUUUCAAACCUCUCGACCACACAUCUCAUCUAGUGUAGUCGAAUUUUUGCUCAUUAUUUUGUCCCUCCCGCUCAACCCGUUGGGGGAAUUUUGCUCCUCUCUUCCGUCGUCAUUCCUUUCUGUGCUGUUGCUUGCUUAGCUCAGCUCCAACUCAGUUCUAUUCCUCACUUUUUAUCCUUUGGGGAUUGUCCUAUAGCGAUCGAGCUUCUUUUCACACAGUCUUUUCUCGGCCUGUGAUUGGCUCCGUCGACCAAGGAGGUUGGACCGAAAGUGCACUUAGUAGUAUUGCAUUUUAAACUGCUGUUCUGUUCUGUUGCGUGGCGGUCGCAUUUUAGUUUCCCUCCCGUGGAAUUAUUGGAGAAUAUCUAUAGAACAUUUGUAAUAUUUGCCUGUUUUAUCCAUGCAGUAGGCGGCGAUUGUUAUUUCAUUUCAAUUUUUGCUCCGCCGCCAUAUAGUAGUGCCUUGCCUGUGCUCUGCUUCCGUAGCUCUAUCUCUCAGUUGCCGCUCUUAAAUCACCACAACUGACAGCUCUCUUCCUCAAUAAUUCUAAAUUCCCCCACCACCCCCACUGCAUUUCACCAAAAUAUAUCCCCCGUCAAUCGGGUCUCAAAUUUACUCUUCAGUUUUCUUCAUUGCAAAAAACCAAAGAGAUCAUCCAAGUAAUUAGUCAACAAUCUUCAAAAAUUACCAUAAACAGUAUCGAACUUUCAAUAAACAAAAUCUGACGGCAUUACCUGACCAUCUAUACAAGACUAUCUAUAUUUGAUUUCCAAGAACUUUCGUCAAUUUUGAAAACAUUUUUGUCAGCUUAACCACAAAUCCUAUCACACAUUUUGUUAUCUUUCGAACUUAUGAUUACAACUUCUUUACCGCUAGGGAAAAUUAACACUGAAACCAAAUAUCGACUAAAUCGCAAUCGCAAGUUCACUGACAACCGGAAAUUCAUUAUCGACAAAUUCACAAAUCAUCAUUUGGAAAAAUAUAGCAUUUCAUUUUAUUUACUAGCCCCUAAAAAGAAAGUCAUUUUUACUUUGAUUCGAGUUACCUCCUAAAUUGUUAAUUUAACAUCUUUGUUCAAUUUUCCUGCUUUUUUUAAACGGUAGAAAAAUUGCGCUUUGUUUAAUUUUAGGCAUUUUGAGGCAACGAAAAUAAUUGAUAUUGUUCUCUUUUGUAUUUUGCUCUGCUCAGUUUGAGUUUGUGGAUAUUCAAAGCUACUUUAAAACAGGCUAGCAUCCUCACAAAUCCAUUAGCUGAAGGACUCAAAUAUUCUUUCCUCUUUCCUCGCUCGCUUUUGUCGCUAAUUGCGAGAAAAAAAUAUAGUCGAAAUAUCCACAUCUCUUCUCCCUAGCUGAAAGCAAAAACGUUGCCGUGCCUUUACUUAACUGUUACCGCAAAUUGGGGCUUUUAUCAAAAAUUGCCGUUUUAAAACUGCAUCAAGUAAUAAGCAUUAUUCUAUUAUCAAUUCUACAUCCUUUCCCGACAGUAGCCUGAUUAAUUUCGAUUAUUCACUCAGAAUUUUAAACAAGGUUUUUGCAAUUGUUGGAAAUCAAAAAUGACUAUGAGCCAGAAAAGUUUGAUUAUUUUCCUCGUUGUUUGCAACCUUUUUGGCGAAGUUUUUUCCGCCGGAAAUGGAAAAGGAAACCAGUGUGAAGAAAUAACAGUUCCGAUGUGUAAGCAAAUCGGAUACAACGCCACUAUCUUUCCAAAUGAGUUGGAACACAAUACCCAAAACGAAGCAGGACUGGAGAUUCACCAGUUUUGGCCACUGGUUGAAAUCGGAUGUUCCGACCAGCUGAGGUUUUUUCUCUGUUCAAAAUACGUUCCGAUAUGUCUGCCUAAUUUCUCCAAAACGCUUCAAGCGUGUCGCAAAGUGUGUGAAGUUGCAAGAGCUGGAUGCGAACCGGUUAUGCAGCAUUACGGCUUCGAAUGGCCAGAGCGAUUCAACUGCGAAACACUCAUCACAAAAGAGCAGUCGCAGUUACCAGAGUACAGAGAGAAGAAUAUAAUGUGCAUGCAAGACGACCAAAUGGACAAGGAAACAGAGGUCAACCCGAUGCCCGUUCCCAAGGGCCAGACGACCGCUCCUGGGUACGACUCGGACGAUCCGAAGAGACCAGAAGUGCUUGUUGAGGAAGCGAUCUCAGAAUGCUGCUCUUGCAAUCAGCCAUUCCAGAAACUAACUUCAUCGUCACCUUACUUCUCAAUGAAUGUAUCUACAGGACAUUUGAAAAAUUGCGCAAUGUCCUGCAAAAGUCCUCAUUUUGACGAAAACGAGAAGAAGUUCACGCCGAUUUGGCUCGGAAUCUGGUCCUGCCUGUGCUUUGUCUCAACGUCAGUGAUGGUGCUGACGUUUUUGAUUGACAUGUCGCGGUUCAAGUACCCAGAACGACCCAUAAUUUUCCUUUCCGGAUGUUACAUGUUCGUGGCGAUUGGCUUCAUGAUCCGACUGAUUGCCGGUCACGAGGCGGUGGCCUGUAAUGAUGACACAAUCCGAUACGACAUCAGUGGGAAGCCCCCUCUGUGCAUCACUGUGUUCAUUCUUACAUACUUCUUCAGCAUGGCCAGUUCAAUUUGGUGGGUGAUCCUUUCAUUGACUUGGUUCCUGGCAGCUGGUUUGAAAUGGGGCAAUGAAGCGAUCGCAAACUACUCGUGGUGGUUCCAUCUAGUCGGCUGGGUCAUCCCGACUAUCCAAACUGCUGUCGUUAUUUUCACGAACAGCGUCGAUGGAGAUCCGGUGUCUGGAAUCUGCUACGUCGGCAACCAGAGCAUCGAAAACCUGAGGUAUUACGUGUUGGGCCCUUUGAUGGUGUAUCUGUUCACUGGAACCAUGUUUCUCAUGGCCGGAUUCGUAUCACUAUUCAAGAUCAGACAUGUUAUCAAGCGAGGAGGAACUAAUACAGAGAAACUGGAGAAGCUGAUGAUGCGCAUCGGAGUCUUCUCAUUUUUCUACACAGUCCCCGCCGCUGUCGUCAUUGCGUGUUACUUCUACGAGCACCGGUUCCGUGUUGAGUGGGAAAGUCGUCUCACGUGUCCUUGUCUGAAACGUCAAUACUCUCAACCCGAGUACUUCGUGUUCGUGUGCAAGUACUUCAUGCUGCUUGUCGUUGGAAUCACGUCGGGUUUCUGGAUUUGGACAAACAAGACAAUCAACUCGUGGCUCAACUUCGGGUCCAGAAUAGUUGGAGGGCGCUCUAACAACGUCCCGAAAGUCCCGAUGACACACGUUUAAUUGGGAUCAACGGAAAUCGAACCCAAACUCAAUGGUGCAAAACUGGAAAUUCUUGAUUUUUGAAGGAAGCAGACUAGAAGCGAGCAAUUUUAAUCUUUAGAAGAAACAGCACCAGGUCAAGAAAAGAGGCUGUUAAAAGCCAGAAGAGCUGAUCUAUCUGUUGAUGUUAGAUGAGCAGACUUGAACUUUUACUAAAUAGCUGCUUAAUAGUUACUGUUUAUUUUCGUUCCUACGUUCAUUUCAUUUCAAUCGACACAAAACAGGGUUUUAUACGUCUGGAAGCAUCAAAUCCACGUGACCUUUGAAUGACCAGAGCAGAAAUAUCAAUCAUAAACCAGAAAUUAACUCGACACACAGGGUACCAAAUUAUGUCAAACCUCCAGAUCCCAAAUAUCUGGUGUCAAUCUAUAAUUUGUCAGUGUCCAAUACGAACUGAUCAGGAAUCAAACUCUAUCUUAAACCAUGUAUUCGUCUCAUAUUUUUAACUUGUGAUCUGAUGCUAAUAAAGAGUAGAGUUUAUAUAGCAAUUAUUUGGUAGAAAAUCUAGUUUUUAAAAUUAUUUUGUGGGGAUCCUCGAAUUUUUUUUGGUGAUAUCUACUUUUCAGUGACCUUUCUCCUGACCUUUAUGGUUGACAAUGACAACCUUAUUUGUUUGACCAAUCUGAUGAGUCUUAAGUCUCUCGUUACAAUUCCCUAAUUUUUUAAAAGUAGAAUAAUACUGCCGAUUUGUGACGAGACAACAGAGACUCAUUUUAAUUAUAGUUAAUUAAAAUUGAUGAUUAUUUUCCUUGCACUUCGCAUAGUUAAAUGAUGAUAUUUUGCAUAUUUCAUAUAUUCAUUUUUUAUUUUUCUCACUUUUGACAAUGAAAUUU